AUGUCUGAAAAUAUUGAAAAUAUACAAGAUAAUAAUAUAUAUGAAAACACACAAGAUAAUACUAUAUAUAAAAAUAUACAAAAUAAUUAUAUAUAUAAAGAUACACAAGAUAAUAAUAUAAUCAAAAACAUUUAUAAUACUAUAUUUAAAAAUACUCAAGAUUAUAAAGAAGAUAUUGUAGAUAAUAUAAGUUUUGAAGAAGAGCAAGAACAAACUAAUGACAAUGUUACUUAUGAAUCAGAAAAUGAAAAAAAUAUACCAGAUCAAAACAAAGAUUUAACAAAAUCAUUAUUACAAACAUCAAUAAUCAAAAGUUCUACAU